AUGCAGCGAGAAGAGCCUGGUCAGAGACGCGCCUCUCUAGCGACUGAGCUGCUGGCGGAGGGACAAGGCGUGGUUGGCAAGCGGAAAGAACGCGACGAUGGCGAAUAUUCACAAGGACAAAGCAAGAGCAAGCGGCCCUUGCUGAGCGAUGCCUUUCUCGCGUUAUCAAUAGACAAGCGGAGUCAGCAGGCAAGAGGUAGGUCCUUCAGCAUUACGAUACAACUGACCUCAGGGGAUCUGGACAUGCGUGACCCGGCCAGCUUUGACAAGGACAAGCAUACGGUCGUCAUACAAUCGCUGGAGGAGGAGCUGCGUGACAUCACACAAGAGGAACAGGAGCAAGAGCCAGCGUAUAUCUUCAAUCUACCAGAAGGUAUCGACAAGAUGUUUGCAGGGAGAAAGGCGAUGCCAUCGGACGCUGGAUACAAGAUAUCAGAGAUGGGUCCGCCAGAGGCCUCGCAGCUCGUGUUGUACAAUGGCCGCCCGGAUGAGGUGAUUUCUAGGUCGUUGCAGGGCACUAGAAACAUGGGCCAUGUCGCUGAGAAAGAGCCAGACGAGAUGAGCAUUUCUGAUGCCGCGGAUACGAUGGAACUUGACUAA